UCUCGCGCACCAGCAGAUGGCGGUUUCCCACCGCUAGCGCGAGACGCUGAGAGAUCACAGGGGUACCGCGGAGCGCGCGUGAGUGAGCGAGUUGGACUUGAGGAGCAGCAGCCGAGCGGAGUCUGACCCGGUUGGAGGAACCGACACGUAAAUAAAGCGCAGAAACCGGAGAAACACCGAGUUCCGGAGCCUGGACUGUCUCUGUCCGCGGAGAAAGGGGCAGAAAAGAAGAAGCCUUCUGAUUUAAGGUGCCGACCUCUCAUCAUGCAGCACUACGGGGUGAACGGCUACUCUCUACAUGCCAUGAACUCCCUGAGCGCCAUGUACAACCUGCACCAGCAGGCCGCUCAACAGGCGCAGCACGCGCCCGACUACCGGCCCUCCGUGCACGCGCUCACCCUGGCCGAAAGACUAGCUGACAUCAUCUUGGAGGCCCGCUAUGGCUCCCAGCACCGCAAACAGCGCCGGAGCCGCACAGCUUUCACUGCUCAGCAGCUGGAAGCGCUGGAGAAGACUUUCCAGAAGACCCACUACCCUGAUGUUGUGAUGAGGGAGCGACUUGCAAUGUGCACCAACCUGCCUGAGGCCCGGGUGCAGGUUUGGUUCAAAAACCGCAGAGCAAAGUUUCGUAAGAAGCAGCGCAGCCUGCAGAAGGAGCAGCUUCAGAAACAGAAGGAUGUGUCAGGAGAAGGAGGAAGCGAGAAGGAGGAAACGUCUCCCUCAGCCACUGUCCUUCCUGACACCCAGCUCCCUCCUUCAUCCUCCUCCCCUUCCUCCUCUUCCUUGGAAACAGAAGUUCCUAUGGUCCGUCAUGUUCCUCUCGACCUGGAGUUGAACGUGACCUCAGCAGAGCAUUCUGGCAGCGACUCGGCAACAGAGGACAAUGCCACUGAUAGGGAGGAGGAGAGUAAAUCUAAUAGAGAGGAGAUAAAGUGUGAGACCCCAGUUGAUCCCUCCCCAGCUUGCAAAAGGCUCAGCCCCAAACUGGAUUCUCCGCUGGUCUCACCAUCAGUAACACCCUCCUCCUCCGGCAGCAGCAGCCUGGCUAACCCAGCUCCUCUCUCUCAGAGCCACUCUUACUCGUCCUCUCCCCUCAGCCUGUUUCGCCUGCAGGAGCAGUUUCGGCAGCACAUGGCUGCCACCAACAACCUGGUGCCCUACCCAGCGGCUUUUGACCUCACUGGUCCGUCAUCGCUCCCUUAUCUCGGAAUGAACGUGAACAUGCCCCCUACGCCUCUGGGCUCCCUGCCCUGUCAGUCCUACUACCAGUCCCUGUCCCAUCACGCCCAGCAGGUGUGGAACAGCCCUCUGCUGCAGGCUUCAACUGCAGCGGGACUCACCAGCCACAACAGCAAAACCACAAGCAUCGAGAACCUGCGUCUGAGAGCCAAGCAGCACGCAGCCUCGCUGGGACUGGAUACGCUGUCUAACUGAGACUUUGGAGGACGGUGUAUAUAAGGCGAGAGCCUCAACUUUCACAGCACCUAGCCAUCCGGCUAUAUGUCUUUGUGACCGUAAUAAUUGUACACCCAUGCAGUGCACCAGUAAGCUCGAUUGGAACGGGACAUAGACUGCCAACAGGGUUUGGACCUAGGAAGAUUGCACUUAAAGGGGUAGUUCAGGAUUUUUCAAUUGGGGUUUUGCUAAAAUGAUGUGAACAGUUAAUAUCUUGCUUGCAGAAGGUAACUCUCCUGGAGAGAUGCAUCAAUCAAUCAGUCAGAAUUUAAAGUUUUUAGUUUUCCCUUUAUCAGCUCUGGUCGGUGUUCAGCAAGACAAACACUGUACAAUAUAUAUUAUUGUAAUCGUUUAAGCAUGACAACUAAGAACUCCUACCGGUCUUUAAAUGCAUUAACCCACAACAUGUACUUUAAUGCUCUUUUUAAAAGUAGGUCUUGAGACAAUAAUUGGAAUCAGUCAAAAUCAGAAUUUGUAUGUUAGACCUCAAAGAAAACUAGAAGUCAAGAUCAGCCAGAAAGAGUCUUUUCAGUGCAUUUCUACUCUCUUGGUGUUUUCAUUCAAUACCAAUCUAGAUUAGUUGGUCCCAGAGGCUGAAGCUAACAGCUAGCCUGUGGGGGACCUAAACCAAAACAGAUUUCCUAACCUCUAACCCCGUCUUAAAGCUGCUUAUGUAAACACUAAUUUAUGAAUCUAUAGGCUUGCCACAUUUCAUUAGGCGGUUAUUAAUACAAAAAACAGUGAUUACUUACAUGAGUUGUGGAGGUAGGAGGUGUUGUGCGAACAGUAAUCAUCCUGUGAAAAAUAUACUGAGAACAGAAGAUGUAAAGCGUCUCCACUUAGCAUACCUAGCCAGUAGAAAAGUAAGACAGGAUCUUAUCAAAUCCAUAAAAUAGCUUUCACUUAAUUACAAAAACAAGGUUUUUGAUUUUAACACUGAUUUUCGUUGAUGACUGAACAGAAAUGGUUUACAUGUUCCAUUAUCAGGAAAUGUUUCUCACAGGAGCAUCAUUGGUGGCGCACCGCCUCCUACCUCUUCUUCUGAUUGGCUUCAAUCUAAACAACUGCCCAAUCAAGACUUGACGAUGGCUUGAAAGUUACAAAGAUGAUGUUCUCAAUUAAAAAAAAGAUUAUCCCUAGAACUUAAAAGUAAGUAUCCAAACUAAUAAGAUUCUUUCUUAUUAGUUUGGAUACUAUUAUAUGUCUGAGAAAUUGUGUUGCCUUUCAAUAAAUAGUUGCAUGUUAGAUGAUGCUGAUUUCAUUUUAUUUAUAAAGUAAUAAUUAAACAAUUAAUUAAGGUAGAACAAUAACUGUAUAUAAAUGUUUUUUAAAUGUUUCUUCAACAUUUGAGUACCACACCGAUAGAUUUAGAUGUAAAGAUUUGUUCUUGAGGGAAAACCCGUUGUUGCAGAACAUAUUUUACAGACUUCAUAAAACACAAAAAUUCCAAUAAAUUCUGCUGUCUCCAAUUUGUAAUUUUUUUUUUUGCUUUUUCCAAAAAAAAAAAAAUAUAUAUAUAUAACAUACUCACAAACUGCUGUGACGUUUUAGAGUUGUUUUUAAUCUGUCCAGGUCUAGCCACUAGCUACAGACUCCGGUACCAACCACUGUGAAUCUCUGCUAAAUUCAGUUCAAUUCAGUUUUUUUUGUAGCACAAAUUCACAACAAAUGUCACCCUAAGGCUCUUCGAAAAGGACAGAUUUACACUCAGUAAAGAUGCCAGGAGUUACCUACUACAGGUAAGAUAUUAACUGCUUCUAACCUUUUACCAGAACCAUACUUCAAAAUCCUGAGCUGUCUUCUUUGGUGAGCUGUUCAACUCCUCAUGGCUCCUGCUCCAGCUCACAGCCCAAAAGUAAAUCCUUCUGUAAAAAUAUUAUUAAUGAUAAUACAACCUUUAUAAUAAUGAACAUGCUACACUAAAGGGCAACAGUUCAAGUGAAUGUCUGAACUCAAAUGACAAUAAGCACAUUUCACACUAAAAUAUGAUGUACUCAGCUGAAAUGUGAAUAUCCUGAACAAUUAAAACGCCUAUCUAAAAACGAUGUCAACAGCUGAUGAUAACUGCACUCAGUUUCUGUGACAAUGCAGAUGAUGUUUACAAGAGUACUGGGAAUAAAAGAGGCACUUUGGAGGGCAUCCCAAAUCAUCAGAAGAGUGACAAGAGUUUUCAUGUAGGCAAAGUGCUUGGGCACAAAUGACGUACAACAUAACAACAAAAUAAUAAAUAUAAACCCAGGCUUUGCUGUGCUCAGCAAAAUCAUUCUAAGCAACUAAUUUCCCAGAGUAAAUUGGCAGUGAUGUGAUGUUUUCUGCAGAGGCUGGCUUGAUAAUGAGGAAAUGAUUUCAGUGACUCAAUUUUAAGAGCUUUUAAUUACUCUUGGGCCAGGGCCGAGGGAGCUGGGGCAAACGCAGUUAUAAACAUGCAUACCAUUUUAAGCAGCUUGCGUUCUGGAAACCUAAAACAUUAUUUUGGCGUGAAUUCAGCAAUAUGCUUCGCAAAGAAAAUGAAGAAACAAAUCUUCUCACCCUCACAUUGUGUUGAAGCUACAUCUCCCAGAAGGUCACGCUAAUUGUGAGCACUUGAUUAGGGAAGUUCUUCCAUUUUCUGUUCAUGUGUACUGCAAGAUUUUGUGUUCAAAUGUAAAAAAAAAAAAAGCACAUUAUUUUUUAAAUAUGACAUACAUAAAAAGUCUAUCUAUUAAUGUUUACUUGUAAGGUAAUGUAAACCUUCUUAUCAUGAUGUAUAACUGAUGGUGGACUUCCACUUUUUAAGGUAAUACUUGUUGAGCUUCUGGUUAAAGUCAUUUUUAAAAAUAUACCUACCUUUGCUUCUGGUAUUAAAUAAGGCACAUGAAAAAAUAUUUUGUUCUAGAACAUUAGCAAUGGGUCCGGACUGAAAGGUUGAAAAAAUAAAUGAACAUGAAUAAGAUUUCAGAGAAUAAAUAACUCGUGGCCCCUUGUGUACCUGUCUUGACUUUGUUUCGGUUCUCUUGUUGUUUUAAUGCUGUUCUCUUGACUGUUUCUGUCAAACUUGCUGGUUUAAGUGAUGAAUAGAUUUCUGAUGGUGGAGAAAAGCGUGACAGGAUCAUCUGUACAGAUGUUUCCACUGUUUCUCCCAAUAACGUAGACUUGAACUAGUGUUGUUGUAAAGUAUCUGCAAAUAAAAACUUUGCUUGGA